AUGACAAACUUAGAAAACAUCUGUGGCAAGUUUAACUCCUCAAUAGAGAAUAUGAAACUUAUAGUUUGCAAUGAACUUCAAAGUAUAGAUACAACAAAAGUUUUGAACUCAGAUGCUUUGAAGAGUCUUAUAACAGACAAAGUUGGAGUUGUUGAAAGAAAAUAUAAAGACCAAAGAGUUUGUGAAAAUGUUGCAAACUUCAUUAUGGUUUCAAACAAUGCUGUUCCGAUGAAGUUAGAAAGUUCUGACAGAAGAUAUGUAGUUGUCAGAACGUCAGAUUCUCAUAUGCAAGAUACAGAAUAUUUUGACGACUUAGCAGAAACUUUGACAUCUGACUUUUACAACCACUUGUUCUCAUAUUUUAUGACAUUAGAUAUUUCAAAGUUCAAUCCAAGACAAAUUCCACAUACCGAAGAGAGACAAACAUUGUUAGAAGCAAACAAGAGUGUAUAUGAACUGUUCAUAGAUGAAACUGACUUUGUGUCAUUAGAUGAAAGGUCAUUGUACGAUUCGUAUAAACAAUAUUGUCAAGAAUAUGGUUAUAUGACAGCGUCUAAACGAACAUUCUUGGCAAAUGUCAAAAGUCUUUUAGACGUACAGAAAGGUGUAUAUACAAAGAAAAUUUUUUAUGAGUAA